CUCGUGUGAAAGUCAUGCUGUGCAUUUUCCAGGAGUUUUGUUUUGCUCGGGAUCUUCUUUUCUCACUUGAUUUUGCAAAUAUGAGGACUGCAUUUAGGAAGCCAACUUCAUGAUGGACUCUACUCGACACUGCAGAAAAUAUACAACUUUAUUGUUUCAUUUUCUGGUGUUUAAUACGACAUCCUCUCAUGAACCUUUAUCUGGAAAUACAGUGAAUGGGAGCAUCGAGGGACAGCUUGCAGAUACCGUCUCAGGUCCCUCCUGGUAUUUUACAUCUAUUGAUGCUGUGCCCAAGCAUGGCACAGUCGGGUUACACUCCCAUAACAGAUGGGGAACACAGAUGGCUUUCUCCAGAACUGUUCAUUCAUUUGAAGUGAAAGAAGACACACUACCAGGAACAGUUGUGGGAAAGGUGGAAACGGUGUUUGACGGUCUCACGCCUAUCACGUACUCAGUGCAGGAGGAUGACGGGGAGAACCUGUUCCUCCUCAGCCCCUUCUCGGGGGAGUUCCUAUUGUCCCGCAGCCUGGAUUUCGAAGCACAAAGAUUCUACAUACUCACUGUGGUGGUGCAGCAGGGGGAUUCACAGGUUUCCAGUGUCAGGGUGUACUUCAAUGUACUAGAUGUAAACGACAACCCCCCUGUUUUCAGUCAGGAUGCCUUUUCUGCGUCAUUGCUGGAAGACACACGGGUUGGCACUUGCUUCCUGUUUUUAAAUGUGUCGGAUAAAGAUGAUGGUAAGUGCAAAAGUACGAUUUAAAUACAACA